AUGGCGUCCGCGUCCGCGUCGACGCGCGCGUGCGCUCCGAGGCACGCGCGCGCGCGCGUGGCGCCCCAUGCGCGGCCGCGCGUGGGCGCGCGCGCGCGGGCGAUGGAGACCAUCGAUGAUGGCUCGAGCGAUGAUGGCGAUGAGUGUGAAUUAAUGACAUUCGUCGCGACCGCGUGCGUCGCCAUCGGACGCACGCGAACGGACGCGAUCGAGGUCACGCGCGCGCUGAAGACGCACUGGUUCGAAACCGUCGAUGACGUGCGAGGGAUGGGGGCGGAGGAGGCGAGGGUGGUCGGGGUGCCGGGACGAUUGUACGCGGCGUUCGGCGAGGCGUUCGCGCGCGAGGCGGCGGACGAUGCCGACGGCUCGAUGCGGGACGAUCGUGGGACGCGGGCGACGGCGACGACGAUUGAUGGUGAUGGGUGGGUCGGUGGGGAGCUUCCGGGACGCGGCGCGCGGGUGCCGGUGGUGGCGCGCGAAGCGGGCGGGCGUUUGGCGGACGUGCGCGUGACGCAACGCACGCGGAUGAAACCGUUUAGUCUUCGCGGAGACGAGAUCACGAGUGGUUUACGAAGGGAAUUGGAUCGGAUGGUGCGAGAUUUGACGAGCAGACGCGUCGGCGGUGGACGAGCGCCCGUGCGCGAGCGCACGGCGAUGAAUCACGUCGCCGUGGCGAAACAGUUUCUCGGUUGGCUCGCGAGGGAGUCCGAGCACAGGAGAGAGUUUGCGACGCUGAGUGACGAGGGUGCGGUGAUCUUGAAGCCUGGAGUGGGAUUACGCGACGCGUUUCCAACGCGUGAGAGCGCCGGGGCGACGUACGCGAUCGAGUACGUCCAGUGGCUCAGCGACGAACGGCGCAUCAAGUCGACGACGGAGGACUUCCAACUGCGCUCGCUCGUGGCGCUCGCGAAGUGGGUGCACGACCACGUCGACGACGACGGCAUCGCUCCACCGUGCGUGCAGGAGCUCAUUCGAGUACAGCGUUCUGCGCGAGAUCGGGCGAAGAACGCUCCGCACGCCGCCGACGAUGAUCGAAAAUGGCUCGAGUGGGACCAAUACCUGGCGCUCGUCGAGCAUCUCAAGCUCGAGUGCGCCCCGCUCGACGCCAACGGCAAGGAGCGCUCCGAACGAGAAAUCGCGACGAGCGUGCAGCGAUAUUUACUGUUCGCCAUUUUGGCGUGCAUUCCCGAUCGUCAGCGCACGCUGCGUGAGCUUCAGCUGAACAAAACGCUCUUUCACGACGCGUCUUCGGGACUGUGGAUGGUGCGUCACGGUCCGGAUGACUACAAGACGGGCGGCGCCUACGGCGAGCGUCCCGCGCUCGUCAUAGACUCGCGCGUGUACCCGGCGUUGGAGAGCUGGCUCGCCGUUCACCGUCGCGCGCUCGAGCCCACGCACGAUUUCGUCUUCACCAGACCCAACGGCUCGCCGUGGAACGUCAGCGAGUUGAGUCGCACGUUUUCGCGAACCGCUCUGAGGAUCACCGGACAGAAGACCAAUCCGCACUUGAUUCGCGACAUGAUCGUCACCCACGUCCGCUCGCAAGGAAUCGCCACCGACGCCGAGCUCGAGGCGCUCGCUCGCUUCAUGGGUCACUCCAGCGCGAUGCAAAAGUCCACCUACGACAGACGCACCGCCCAGGAGAAGGUCACCCCGGCGUUGUCGCUCAUGGCCAACGUCAACCGCUCCAAAUCCACCGACGCUCGCGCGGCGUCCUAG